AUGCUGUCCCUGAAGACCACCGCCCGCAUCCUCUUGAGCUUUGUGCUCCUCUUCGUCUUCUCCACAGGCUCAAAUGAGCUCCGCGUCUCGGUCGGCACCAUCUUUCUCUGGGGCCUAGGCCUCAUCUUCCACCGGCGCAACUCCCUCUCCCUCAAACACCUCUUCAUCUUCGUCGCCACCUCCUUCUGGUUGCUUGCAGCCAAAAACGAACUUUUCUUCGAGAGCACCCUGGGUCGGGUCCUCGGCCUCCUCUUCACCCGCCCCAGCUACGACAGCGACACGCCGGGCUCGGGCUUCACAGACUGGCACGAGCGCCUUGCGCGCCGCCACCGCCACGACAUCAACCUCGUCUGGAGCACCUUUUGUGCGAUUGUGCGCACUGUCUUCGCCGUUGCCGCUUUCUUCUCUGCCGUCGUCUUGUGCCAUUGGUACGCCGCUCUUCCCGAGCGGAUGCCUGGACUCACCGAGAGUAUCGAGUACCUCGAUAAGACCGGUGAGUUCCCGCCCUGGUUGAGCGGGGCUCGGGUGCUGGCGCCUGAGCCUCUACCUCUUCCUACGCGGGACAUGAGGUACUUGACACUUGCGGACGACCUUGCCUUCAUUGUCGGUCCCGGUAAUGAUCCGUUCGAGCGUGUCGUCAAUGGCAAAUACGACAACACGUUUUGGCGACGACGAAGGCAUUCGAUGCAGUUCUCUUGA